GUGAAGAACUGCAUGCGGAAAAGGAACGGGGCAGCCUUCCUACCAUAGCUGUGUCCAGAGCUGGCUGUCACUUCUCCAAACAGACGAUGGCACCUGAGCCGGUUUGGAAUCUGCAGUCCUAACAUGCUCAGCCAAGUUUUCUAUAAAACUAAGCUCAGGAAGCGCGCUUCAUCACACAGCAUUACAACUUCCGACUUGUCAUAGUACCCCGGUGAGGUGUUCACAGCCCCAUCUGAACUGCCUGCAGCUGCACGCAGCAGUGGGAUCUCCGCGCAACUUCUGAUCGUUACAAACCACCAGCGUCUCAAUUGGAGAAGUGCGGGCUACACUGUGAUUUCAUGAGAGGCAAGUUGGAGAGCGCUGAGGCAGGGGCAGGCGGAGCCCCUCCGGCUCCCCGCCCGCUCCGCUUCUCAGGUACCCGCCGUGGGGGGCCUGCCCUGCCCGCCCUCCCCAGCCCCGUCCCGUCCCGGUCCCCGUCCCGGAACCCCAGGGAGGGAGCAAAGCGGCACUCACCAGCGCGUCCCGCUCGGCUACGGUCCCCGCCAUCUUGUGGAAGCGGCGGCGGCGCUGGCCCAGGAGGACAUCGAAGAUCCUGUUUGCACCACAAACAAGGUGAGGCAGCCAGAGCAGGAGCUGUGCCUCUGUGUGCCACUGUCCUACCUGUGUGAUGGCUGCUCCUGUGGUUUUGCCUAAGGAGGCGCUCACCAGUAGAAGAGGACUGCUCUGCUGUGCCCAGCAGUUGGUGGAGCAGGGCUGCAUUUCUGGGCAGCACUGUGCCUCCCACCCACGGUGGAGCUUCCUCAAGACCCAGCUUCCCAGCAGGUUCCCCUCUGCAAAGGGCUGCAGGAUUGUUUGCUGGAGUCUGCACCAGGAACCAAAGAUAUGUACAUAAAGGCAUGUCAGAUAAGGCAUUAGUUGCUGGUUGAAGGCUGUUGGUGUUCAGGAACUUUCAUCUCUUCCAGUGCCUUCCAUGGAAAACUGAUGCCCAAAGGCAUAGGGCAGGUAGAGGUAAUACCUGCAAAGUUGUGGCAGGAGCUGCAGGCAUCCACAGGGGACAGACUAUUUUUAUGACUUGGAGGCUGGUCUUCCCUGAUGUGUCCUAUCUGGGGCUAUUUUAGUAUUAUCGUUGUCAUAUCUCAAUAAUUUUAUCGUGAAUCUCAUGAUGUUGGCUCUUUUUUUUUCUUUCGGUUUCCUUGUCCUUCCACAAGUACCUGGCUUUUACUUUAUUCACACAUUUGUUUUUUUCUACAGAGAGAAUUUCUAGCCUUUUUUUUUAAAGACACAAAUUCUAGCAAUUUGAGAAUGUGGCUACUUUCCUAAGAACUGAAAUUCAGCAGCAAUUAAAAAGGACUGUUAUAUAAAUAUAUACACACACACGUGUGGGGGAUUCAUGACUAUGAUGCAUCAUGCCUCUAUACAUCUGCUAGAGGAUGUGGAAUAAGACUGCAAAACGGCUUUUACCCAUGAGUAUCAGGACAUCAAAAGGUCUUCCAAUAUACGUUUCAAAUUAUGAGUGACUGCUGUUCAUCUUCUUUAUCCCUGUACCAUAACAAGAGGUGGCCUUCCCAUUUUGGAAACCUCGGCUGCUGCUUCCGCAUUAAAAUCCUGAGAGAGAAGGGAAAACUACAUCUACUUAGCACCAUAAGGCAGGACUGAGCACAGGACAAAGCAAUGUAGACGGUUGUGAUGCGCAGUUCCUCAUUGACAAAAGAACCGAUCUAAUGGUCACAUUUUUAGGGAUUUAUUUUGCUCCCUCUUUAAACACUGCUGGCCUUCGCUGGGCUAUGGCGGCAGCACUUCAGGCUGGUCUAGGUUCUGCCAAUCGUCCUGGGGCAUGAACGGUCCUAGCGAGACCAGCCUUCAGACAUCCCAGGCCCUGGAGACCUGCCCGGCGGGGGGAAGGCUGGAGCAAAGAAGAGGUGCCCUCCGUGCAAGAGGCUCCGGCAGGAUGAGGUGUCAGAGGAUGAGAUUAGAGAAGACUUGAGCAAAGCGGGGAGGCAGAAGACGUCCCUGUCGGGCCCCCACGGGGUGCACCCUCAAGUGCCGAGGGGGCUGGCAGGUGGCCUUGCGAGGCCCCUCCACAAGGGAGAUGCGCCUGAGGACUGGAAGAAAGCAAAGAGCCCAUGGGCUGAGGAGCAGCGCAGUGGCCGGGAAAGCGGCCGAGCGGCCGGCCCCAGGGGGUGGUGGCCGGUGGCACCAAGUCGAGUCGGAGGCCAGGGAGGAGCGGUGAGCCGCGAGGCAAGGGGCAGUGCCAGCAGGUGGAGGCAGGUGGUCCUCGCCCCGGGCUGUGCCCUGCUCUGGGCUCCCCAGUGCAAGGCAGCCAUGGCCAUCCUGGAGAGAACCCUCAGCCCAGUGCCCCCCCCAGUGCCCCUCCCACUUUCCGUUGGGCUCCCAGCGUUGGUCAGUUGGAGCCAACAGCCCGCAGAGACAGCAGCACGGAGCUGUGCUGGCACGCAGCAGCGCUGCGAGGAGGCAGGAUCUGGCCGAGCAGCCACUAGCACCGGCACCGGCGGCCCGCUUCCCAUCCUCGCCAUCGCCGGCUGGCGCGAGUCCUUGGUGCCCGGCGAGGGGCCUCCUGUCCCGGGCGCGAUGGGCCAGGCCAACUGCUGCUGCGGCUCCAGGGAGGCUCUCAGCGAGGCCGAGGCGGUGCUGAGCGCGGACGUGCAGCUGAGCCGGGGCCGCGAGAGGAGCGCGAGGCGCCUUCUCCUCCUCCAAGAGGAGCUGGUGGUGGCCAAGUUGCAAGGUGGCACCAGCCUGCGCCCACAGCUGCGCCUGGCCCUGGAGCAGCUGUGGGUGCUGAGCGGCAGGAAGGAGGCGGCGGGGGAGGAAGAAGAGGAGGAGCAGGAAGGCAGCGGCGUGGACAGGAGCUCCCUCGUCUUCGUCUGGCCCAGCGGCUCCUGCAUUGCCACUUUCGGCUCCCGGGCACUGAAGGAGCUGUGGCUGGGCACACUGCUGGGGGCACCCGAAGGAGCCGCGAAAGUGCGGGUGACCCGUCUCCCAUCGCUCCAAGUCCUGGAGAAGGAGCUGAGGCGCCGCCGUGCCGUGAGUGUCUCUCUGGCCUGGGCUCUGUCCCCGAGCGAGCGCUGGUCCUGCAGCUGCCGAGCAGCAGAGGCACGGCUGCUCAGCUCCUCGCCCUCUUUCUCGCUUGGCCAGGGGAGGACAUUCAGCGCCAGGAGCCUGGAGAGGCUGCUGGAGGGCCAGGCCAAGGCCGAUCGCAAGCAAGGGCUCGCGCCGGUCCCGUCCGGCGACGCGGGGGCACGCUGCCGCUCAGCAGGUGAGUAUUGGAAAGCAAGGCCAGCUCCUGCAACCGACCGGCUGAGCUGUGCUCACUUGUCCCUUGAGUGUCGCCAUGCAGGUGCGGUAGCCCGAGGGAGGACGUCGGCGGGAGGAGCAAGGACACCCGCUGGGCAGCGGCCGCUGGAUGUGGUUCUGCGGGGACAGGGAGCCUCUGCUGCUGCUGCUGCUGCUGCUGCUGCCCCGGGGCUUGGCAGGGCGAGGGCUGGGCCGGGCUGUCCCGGUGGCACGCCGGCUCUCGGGAGCCUCCGAGCGAGCCAGAGCCGCGGUUCCGGCCGCUGGCUCCCUGCCCCCCCUGCCGCACCGCUCAGCGCUGCGCUGCAGGGCAGGGCAGGGCAGGGCAGGCUCCGGGAGCGCUGGCCUGGCGGUCUCCAUUGAGGGGCUCGUGCUCUCUU